AUGGAUAAAAGCCGCACCACUGGCAGCAACACCGCACUAUACAGUUGCCCAGUGCACGACAACGUAGUGACCCAUAGACACUCAUCUCCCAACCGAUAUGACUCACCAGGCGCAGUGGUAGACAGAUAUGACUCACCAGGUGCAGUGGUAGACAGAUAUGACUCACCAGGUGCAGUGGCAGACAGAUAUGACUCACCAGGUGCAGUGGUGGACAGAUGUGACUCACCAGGUGCAGUGAUAGACAUAUGUGACUCACCAGGUGCAGUGGUAGACAGAUGUGACUCACCAGGUGCAGUGGUAGACAGAUGUGAUUCACCAGGUGCAGUGAUAGACAGAUGUGAUUCACCAGGUGCAGUGGUAGACAGAUGUGACUCACCAGGUGCAGUGGUAGACUCUUGCUGA